AUGGAAACAGACUUAGCUAAUUACUGCAAAGAACUGGGCAGCAGCUUAACGGUUAAAUCCUUGCGUGAGUUAGUCUUUGAACACGCAGAAAGAAACGGUGUUAGCCACAGAUUUAGCAAACUUAAGAAAAUAGCGGGAAAGGAUUGGGUAUUUUCAUUCUGUAAGCGUUGCAGUUUAAGUGUUCGUGUGCCUGAGAAAACCAACCUUGCAAGAGCUGCUGGUUUCAACAGAGUUCAAGUGAAUCGUUUUUUUGAUAACCUCAAAAACCUAAUUGAAAAGAAACACAUCCUACCACAUCGCAUCUACAAUAAUAUGGACGAGACUUCGAUUCUCACUGUACCAAACAAAACUCCAAAAGUCAUUGCACCUACUGGCAAAAAGACUGUGGGUAAAAUCGUCGCAGCUGAAAGAGGUCAACUUAUAACGGCAGUGUGCGCUACGAGUGCUACUGGAAAAUACGUCCCUCCUUCCUUAAUAUUCCCGCACAAAAAAACGAAAGGAAGAACUGAUUAA